AUGGGAAAUACGCUAGAUCAAAAAGAAGAAAAACUAGCCCAUCCAACAUCACUCCAUAAAAAUGAUUUUACCUUUCAUUACGUGAUAGGUAAAGGAGGCUUUGGAAGAGUGUGAAAGGUUGAAAUGAAGAAAACCCAUCAAAUUUUAGCUAUGAAAGAAAUGCUUAAAAUUAGGGUUGUAAGUAAACGAAGUGUAUACUCAGUAAUGAAUGAAAGGAGGCUUUUAUCUAUCUUAAAGCACCCUUUUAUUGUGAACAUGCAAUAUGCAUUCCAAGAUAAAGACAAUUUGUAUCUCGGAAUGGAUUUGAUGAUUGGGGGAGACCUACGUUUCCAUCUCGGUCGAGUUCGAAGAUUCACUGAAGAAGAAACCCGCUUUUUUGUGGCGUGCAUUGUGACCGGCUUGGAAUAUCUCCAUGUAAACGGCGUCAUUCAUAGAGAUAUUAAGCCUGAAAAUUUAGUGUUCGAUAACAAAGGUUACUUACGUAUAACUGAUUUUGGUAUUGCUAAAGUAUUAACCCCAGAAAAUUUCAGAGAUACCUCAGGGACUCCUGGGUAUAUGGCUCCUGAAGUUAUGUGCAGAGAAAAUCAUGGGAUUGCUGUAGAUUAUUUUGCACUUGGGGUUUUAACUUAAAAAAUGGAUAAUUUUUCAUUAUUUAUAAAAAAUAUGAUGAUUUAGAUUAAUGAAAUAUGAUAUAGCUCAGUAAGGGCUAUAUUUUAUUAAUUAUCUGCUAUUUAUUUGGUGACAGUAAGAGCUCUACUCUCUUUGUAGAUUAUAAAAAAUAUUCGCAAAUUAUAAUUACCUUUUAACUUAUGAAUUUAUGAUCGGGAGAAGACCUUACUCUGGGAGAAAUCGAAAAGAAAUCAAAGACAGCAUGAUGUCAAGACAAGUGCAGUUAAAGAAAUCUGAUGUCCCAACAGGCUGGUCAAUGGAAGCAGCUGACUUUAUUAAUAAAUUGUUGCAAAGAAAGCCUGAAAAUAGGCUAGGGAAUAACGGACCUAGUGAAGUAAAAAACCAUCUAUGGCUAAGAGAUUUCCAAUGGAAAAAAUUGCUAGAAAAAAGUUUAGAUGCUCCUUAUGUUUGCUUAAGCGAAGAUAAUUAUGACCCAAGAGUCAAUAAUGAUUGAAAAGACGACAUAGACCCUGCUAUUCGACAGAAUUCAAUAGAAGAGCUCUUUGAGGGCUACUUCUUUGACGCUAGAUCUCCACAAAGAAAAGUAAGUGAUGAGAAAAUCCAGCUUCAAAGAGGUGAAGAAUCAACUGUACAGAUAAGAUAUCAAGAUAAUGUAAGACGAAGAGAUGACAUAUAA